AUGGAUUCACAGCAUUCACAGUCAAAUGUCUGUGUGAUAUCAUUAGAUGCAUUAGAUCUGAAUUACUUACACAGCCGAUAUGAGCAAAAACUUAAACAGCCUUUGUAUAGUGCUAAAAACAGUCUUGAUUUCAGCACUAAUUUCUAUUAUGAAUUUGAACUACAGAAGGAUGAAGAAUUUGAUGUUUUUAAAGAAAAUGAACUUGUAUAUAUAACAUGUCAUAUCUGCAAAAUACAAGUGCCACAGAACUUUUAUCAUGAACACAAGUAUAGUUUUAAACAUGAAAUGAACACAAAAAUAGCUAAUUUAGCUGUGCAAAGAUUGCAAAAACAUUUAAAUUGUAAUUAUGAUAUUGUUGAUGUAACAACUAAUUCAUCAGCACACUUUUGUCCUGUAUGUGUAACCGUUAUGGAUAGUGUAGAAAAGAAAACUCAUGAAAAUUCGAUUGGACACAAAAACUCAGUUAUAGUUGAAAAAUUUUUAAAUGAUUUCCUUAUUCUAUAUGAAAAUGUAGAAUGUAAAACUAUUCCAAGUAUCAAAUGUAAUAUCCCAGAUACAAAUAGUAAAAAAGAAAUGGAUAUUGCAAUUAAAAAAAUUGCCAACAUUUCUAAAAGAAAAGACUGUUUCAAUGAAAAUGAAAUCAAAAAAGUGUAUGUUAAUGAGGAUAAAGAAAAAAAUAUGGGAAUGAAAGAUUACUUAAUUUUGUUAAAGGAAAAGUUCAAAAUUGAAUUUAAUGAAGUCAAAUUAGUUAAUGAAAAUAAUUUAUUGAUAAAGACAGUUGACAACAGCCUUGUUAGAGUUAAUACAGACAGUUUUCAUAGUUUUAAGCAAAUAGGAUCACAAAUUAUACACUGUGUUAUUUGCAAAGAAGUGUUUGACUCAUCAACAAAACAUAAACAUAUAUUAACCAAUAAACAUAUGGAAUUAGUAUGGCUUUUACCAUUCGAAAAUAAGGACUGUAUGAGACAUAUAGAUGAGACUUGGAAUCACUGCGUACUGUGUAACUUGGGUUUGGAAAAUGUUGAUGCACAUCUAUUGAGCGCGGAGCACGUGAAUAACUUAAAAAUGUCUGUUCUAUAUGAAAACAAUAAUUGUGAAUCAAAUAAGGAAGCAUCAACUUCUUCUUGUAAAAGCAGCAAUGAUGAUAUUAAUAAAUGCAGUCCCUUGUAUGUUGAUGCAGUAACAGAAAAUCACUCUCAAGAUUUAUUUAUACAGGGUAUUAAUAAAAAUCAAAAAAUAACUAAAGAUACUGAAAAAGAUAAAUCCUUGAAUACCCCAAAUGGCGAAAGCACUGAUGUAAAGAAAAUAAGUGUUAAUCAGAUGAAACAAGUUGAAAAUGUACAUGACAAGCACUUCUGUAUCCACUGUAACACAUUUAUCAGUAAAAAAGGGCUUAAAAAGCAUUCUGAUACUGCAAAACAUUGUAUGAACACUUGGUCCAAUUCCCAUUAUUUUAUGACAGUUAUAGAUGCUGAUGAUACUGAUUAUUAUCUUUGUAGAGUGUGCGACGAAAAAGUUAAGAAACCUAUAAAUGAAGUUAAAAAACAUGUUACACUUCCGACACAUUUACAAAAUUAUAACGCCUUGUUAAGUCGUAAUAGUAUUAAAAAAAUCGGAAAAGACAUAUUUUUUUGCAGUCUUUGUUCUGUUAAGAUACUAAUUAAAAAUGAAAUAUUGCAUAUUAAUUCUAGGAACCACAAAUUGCUUUGUGACCCGGAAGCACAAAAUACUUUGUGUGCCGAAAGUAGAGCAACAUCGUCCAAUAGUUUGUUAGAAAAAAAUUCAAAUCCCAAUCCUCAGUUGCCACAAAUAAUUGAAACAAACAAAAAUAUAGGAAUAGCAAUUAAGGAAACAAAGAGUUUUUUCUGUGAUAUAUGCAACGUGAAGGUACCAAAUUCGAAACACAAUAUAGAAACACAUAUUAAAGGUGGCCCUCAUAUUAAAAAUAUGCAAAAUAUGUUUGAUAAAAAAGUCGAGGUUAAAAAAAAAGACAUUAUUGAAGGAAAAAUAAAUAUAGAUGACGUCAUGGUUGAUAAAAAAUUAAGAAAUAGUUAUUAUGUGACAAAAACAAAUAAUCCACACAUUUUGAAGUGUAUUGUUUGCGACAUUUUUAUGACAAAUAAUGAAACGAACAUCGGUACUCAUGUUAAAGGAUUCAACCAUUUGAAUAAUUAUACUGUUAUAAUCGAAAAAAAUCAUUUGGAGAUAAAAGAUAAUGAUGUAUAUUGCAAAAUUUGUUCCGUCCAUAUUUCCAUUGGUAAUGAGAUAUCACAUUGCAAGGGGAAAAAACAUAUGAACAAUUUACCAGCUACAACAUCAAGU